UGCGCCGAGUCCGCGGCCAGUCUUCUCUGCGCCGGCAGUGCUGCGAGCCACAGGACUGUGAUGGAAAGAUCGCACAGACGCAGUGCCAACUCUGGGCAAAGGCCUCAUCGCUCGCGCUGCGUACAUCCAGGCGCUGAUAUCGACAAACUUGUCGGUGGGUGUGAUGUCACACUCUGCACUAUCGCGUACAUCACUGGCCACAGGACUGUCGAGCACGGUCUCCCUCGCUCUCUCUGCGUCGAGUGAACUUGAGAGACUAUGGAUCAGCUACCGCCGGAGAUUCUGUUACAUGUCUUUGCAGCAGUCGACUCCUUGCAUACACUGAGCCGACUAGCGCUGGUUUGUCGCCUAUUCGCCGAGAUCAUAGACCAGCAUGACGCUAUCUAUCGCGGCCUGGCCAGCAACCUAGGCUACCUCGCGCCAUGCUCAGCCGGAGACUCUGGUUUGCUACCAUUGGUCUCGCAAGAUCGUAUGUCCAUCGAAGAGGCUUGCAGACUUCAGCGCACAUCCAUGCGUAAUAAAGCCUACAAAGGCUGCGAGCGUGCACAGAUGCCUUGGCGAACUUUCGCUCACAUUCGGCGGCGGACAGACCGCAACUGGAUGAUUGGGCGUCAUACACGCUUAAGCCUUCCAGUCCCAGCCAAUGUCUCCAGGUUCAAGAUGGACAGUUUGGCUGCCGAAGACGCGACUGCCGUCUACUCAGAUCCCUACGCUGUCAGAGUCCGACCCAAUGGCGACGUAGCAGACAACAUCAUCAUUGCGCCUUCUAUCGAAGGUCGUAGACAAGCUCACCAUGUAGAGUACUCGGAAGGCCAUUUGUUCCUCGCUGCUGGGCGAAAUGCAAUGCAUGUUUACUCGAAGAGUGCAGCCAAUCUACACUUCCCACCGAAACCGUCCAUCUAUCCGUCCCGUCGUCCGGAAUGGCAAGCACAUGCUAGCCUCGACUUACCCGCUGGCGUGCAUGCAUUCAAGGCGCGCUACCCGAAAGUCGUGGCUGCCACCGGUACAGCUUUUCAGCUUGUCGACCUGUCUCGCGGAACAUUGCAAACAUAUGCACUGCAGCAGACCGAGCCAGGACCGCGAGUCCUGCGACAAUGGCUCGGCUAUGUCGAGCUCGAUGAGAAUCACAUCUUCGUAGCACGGACUAGUCUCGAUAUCUACUCGCACUCGGGCGAUCUGGUUCGCAAGAUUUCAUGGCUACCACCCUCGCCGAUGCUCGAACAAUACUGGAUGGGCAUUCAUCAUGAUCUAAAUCCGCAAGGCGUGAUGGCCGCCAUUGGUCUGCAUUCGCCGCACACGGCAAAGCUCAUGCUCUGGACGAAAGCCUAUAGCGCGGCCAUUCACGAAGACCGCGAAGACGACGUCUUCGUACUUGUUGCUGGAUUUGAGGCUCGCUUCACCGAUGUCGCCGUUGAGAACGGGCGAAUCGCAUUCAUCAUUUGCACUUUGGGCGCAGAUACGUCGAGCAGCCUCUGGCUCAUCGAUACCCGCGUGUCAGCAUGGCCUCCGCAUCUACAGCUCGUUGACCACGACGUCACUAGGCGAUCCGAAGUCUUAGUCGAGCGAAUCGAAAUGGACUCCCUCGCUAUCUAUGUCACCGGUCAAGCUUGGGGUGCAGAUCGUCGCAACCUAGCGAUGGGUCGAUACCAGCUGGCUACGUACGAGAGUCUCGUAUGGGAGGAUGCCAAAGGGAACAAGCUCUGCAAUGCGCUCACGCACGAGCAAAUUGGAAGCUUGACGGAGGGCUCACAGCCACCUCGGCGAGACGAGGUCCUGCACAAUGAUGCAAUCAACGUUUACUAUUUUGGUUCUCACGUGGACGAGCAUGGCGCAGACGAGGUCGAGCGAUCGGCUUGAUCAUGUCUCCCGACAGCAGCUUACGAGGCAGAGGCGAGUAGUGGUCGAACAAUCCCAUCCAGAGCGUCACGUAUUGGCCGAAGACGUCGGCAUACGACACUGGCUUGUUCUUUCCGCCUGUCAGCAUUAUCGAGUGACCGAAUGCUCAACUCACUUUGAUCCGCAAUGUGCCUC